CAACUCCCAAGCAGAUCUGUGCAUCCGACCGCCGGCUGCACUGAAGAUACGCCGGCCUCGUCUCCGGCAACCGAGAAGCCCCGUGGAGCAUCGGAGCCUCAUAAAAUGGACGCCACAAGUUCAAAGUUACUGCAGCUUCAGAAAGCGUUCGCCGAGCUUGAGAGUCACCGCGCCGUUGCUCUUAACCUGAAAUGGAAGCAACUGGAAGAGCAUUUUCAUGGCCUGGAGAAGUCACUGAAGAGGCGAUUCACCGAGCUGGAGGAGCAGGAGAGGGAUUUCGAGUCCAAAAUCGUUCGAUCCAGGGAGAUGUUGGAGAAACGCGAGGUGGCUGUUCUGGCUAUGGAGAAAACUUCUCUCGAAAGCCUCCAAGAGAAGAGAGACGCUGCGGUUUCUGCUAUUUCCAUUGCUCUAGGUAAACAUUCCGGCCUAUUUUCUGCUGGAUCUGAUGUUGAUAAUGUUGAGCACCGAGUUGGCUCUUGUGUUGUUGAAGAAGAGCCAAGUGAUGCCGCAACCACAUCGAUUGACAUAGUAGUAGACUCUGGGAAACCUUAUGAAGAUGUAGAACUGGAGAUCAAUUUGUCUUAUCCGGAGCUAGUUAGGUUAUGCAGAGAGAUGGAUUCAGAUGGACUGCACAAAUUUAUAUCUGACAACCGUAAGAAUUUGGCUGCCGUAAGGGAUGAGAUUCCUAAUGCUUUGAUGGCGGCAGCUGAUCCUGCCUCUUUGGUUCUGGAUUCACUCAAGGGCUUCUACAAUUCAUCAAUGUCAAAUUUGGAUGCUAAGAAAGAUGCUGGCCUUCUAGGAGUUCGAAGAACCUGUAUUAUGUUGAUGGAGUGCCUUAGCAUGUUAUCAAGUCCCAUCCCAGAAGGUAUUAAGGAACGAGCGAAAGCUAAAGCAAAAGAAUGGAAGCCAAAGUUAGAUGAACUUGAUGUUGAUGCCAUUCAUGGAAACUCUUUGGAAGCUCAUGCUUUCCUGCAACUAGUUGCCACUUUCUGUAUUAACACGGAUUUUGAGCCGGAGGAUUUAGUCAAAUUGGUGCCUAUGGUUUCCAGGCGCCGUCAAAUAGCAGAUUUAUGCCGUUCCCUUGAAUUGUCUGAUAAGAUGCCAGGUGUUAUUAAUGUGCUAGUUAAUAAUGGAAGGCAUAUAGAUGCUAUUAAUCUAGCUUAUGCCUUUGGGGUAACAGAGAAGUUCCCACCCGUUUCUCUACUGAAGUCUUAUUUAAAUGAAGCAAGCAAAGCUUCUCCCAGUAAAUGUGGAAAUGCAUCUCGCUCACAGAAUGAUAUCAAUGAGAAGGAGCUCAACGCACUGAAGGCCGUGAUCAAAUGCAUCGAGGACCAUAAGCUCGAGCACCAGUAUCCCUUGGGCCCACUGCAAAAACGACUUCUCCACCUGGAGAAAGCAAAGGCGGUCGCCAAAAGGGGAACUGAAGUUGCCAAACCCCAACCAAAACGACCCCGCGCUAACGGUUUUGCAAACGGGCCCCGGUUCGCUAGCGUUGCCACUGACAUGAACAGCCCAAGAAUGACCGACAGGUACCCACCACAAUAUGCAGCAUAUGACCGACCAUAUGCUUACACCGGACUGGUCGACACCCGCGGUCCCACGUUCAGUGCUCCGGCUUACGGCAUUCCUGUGCAUGGAAACUUCUUUGGGAAUGGGUACCAUUACCAGGCUCCUUACCUGCACUAAUUCAAGCUGCUUUUAUAAAGCUUUGACCCUCCCUCAGUUUGCCUAAUUUGAAAAUCUGUGAGAAACUUUAAAGAAGCUAUAGCUUUGUUGAUUUGUAGUAAUAUGUUGUACCAAUACUUCCUUUUUUUUUGUAGUACUCCCUGCAUUUCAAAAAGAGUUUACAGUUUGAUUUUACAAAAUUUAAAAAAAAAAUUAAAAGUUAAAAAUGUUU